AUGUCCGAGGGCACGACUAACAACUCAACUCUCAACCGCGAAACCCUCUUCUCCGCAGAAGGUCUCAUCGCCCUCGUCACCGGCGGAGGAACAGGCAUCGGCUACAUGAUAGCCAAAGCCCUCGCCCAAAACGGCGCCUGCAAAAUCUUCAUCUCCGGCCGCCGUCCCGAAAUCCUCUCCGCAGCAGCAUCCUCCCUCGGCCCCACCGUCCACCCACUCCCCUGCGACGUCACCUCCCAGGAGAGUCUCGCCUCCGCCGUCGGCCAGGUCACCGAGUCCUCGGGCUACCUUAACCUCCUCGUCUGCAACGCCGGUAUCGCCGGCCCCCAGAUCCCUCACCCUGGGGACGACACUUCUCUCGAGGAGUGGGCGGGCGCCAACUUUGCCAAGGGUUUCGCUGAGUUUGCGAGUACCUUUGAGGUGAAUGUGGCGUCUGUGUGGUAUACGGCCAUGGCAUUCCUGCCGCUGUUAAGCGAGGGGAAUAAGAAGGGGAACGUGAAGCAGACUUCGCAGGUCGUUGUUACGAGCUCGAUUAGUGCGUUCAAUAAGAUGCCGCCGGGUGGUAUUUCCAAGUGA